CGGCCACAUAAUGCUUGCAGCCUGCAGUGCAUAUCCGCAAAAUGCGGGCAGGACAAUAAACUACGGGCGCUAUCCCAAAGCGAUUAGCUACCGCAUCUGAUCUGCACACCCGCCGCACCUAAGAUACCAUGGAAGCUACCAACCUUGGGCCAAUAUGACCAUCAGCUCACAGGAAGCGGCGUAUCUCCGCAACAAAGCGCAGGAUCAUUUUCUCGGUUUCCCAGGUCCCCACAUAGAUGAUCUGUGCGUCUUGACCAUUUGUGCCAUUUUGGCAAUCUGCACCGUCAACUGCUUGUCUACAUUCACCAUCGAGAUACUCAUGCAGACGAAGGCGUAUUUAGCCGCAUGACAGCCUUGUAUUCCAACGCUUCAUCAGCCUCGUUGCCUUCUCAAUCGCACAAAGAGUCGAAUCGUCGCGUCCCUCGUCCUCUCAUCCAUCCUGUCAUUACCGAUACCAUGGAAUCUCGCAUGUCGUUCGAACAGAAGAAGUCUCCCGAGACGUUGCAGCUUCGGGAGUCGCAUGGCUCGGGUCAGCCCGAUCAGUCAGCUCAGUCAACAACCGAACAGAAUCCAAAGCCGCUCGCGGGAGCAAAGCUCUUCUCCGUCCUACUAGCCAUCAUUCUUUCCGUCUUUCUCACUUCUCUCGACUCCACGAUCGUUGCCACCGCCAUCCCACGCAUCACCGAGGAAUUCGGAUCUUUAGACCAAAUCGGCUGGUACGGCGCCUCCUUCUACAUUACCCUUUCGUCUUUCCAGGUAGUCUGGGGCAAGGGUUACAAAUACUUCCCGCUAAAGUCGACCUUCCUGGUAGCCAACGUGGUCUUUGAGCUGGGCAAUCUUAUCUCUGGAGUCGCGAAAAGCAGCACCGUCCUCAUUGUAGGUCGCGCCAUUGCAGGUGCGGGGGGAGCUGGAAUCACCUCGGGAGCAUGGACCAUACUGGCCUUUUCACUUCCUCCUGAGAAGGUAGCACGCAUGGCCGGUGUGCUGGGGGCUACCUACGGCAGUGCGGCAGUCAUUGGACCUCUGCUGGGUGGUGCCUUCACAGACUACGUCUCGUGGCGGUGGUGUUUCUACAUCAACCUCCCAAUCGGCGGGCUGAGCAUAUUCAUCAUCGCCUUCCUGUUCAAGACACCGACUGCUGCUACACCUUCGCCUACUCCGUUACUCCAGAAGAUCCUCGCCCUGGAUUUCAAUGGCAUGUUACUUUCCGUGGCAGCUUUGUGUUGUUUCACACUUGCGCUUCAAUGGGGUGGUGUCGCAAAGCCUUGGAGCGACGGAAGUGUCAUUGGAAGCCUAGUCGCAUUCGCUGUCCUCCUCGGCCUCUUCAUACUCAACGAAUGGUGGAUGGGCGAGCGCUCUCUCCUGGUUCCUCGGUUGAUCAAGAAAAAAACACUGGCCCUAUUGUGCAGCUUUGUGGUGUUUAGCGCUGCCAGCUUCUAUAUCGUCCUUUACUACCUCCCGGUCUACUUUCAGUCAGUUGACGGGAUCUCUCCUGCCGAGUCUGGAGUGCGGAACAUCCCCUUCAUCAUCGGAGUCGCACUCUUCAGCAUUAUUUCAGGGUUCAUUGUUGGUGGUACCGGUCACUAUGCUGGACUGCUGUUACUCGGAUCGACAUUGAUAACGAUAGGCGCUGGCCUCAUGCUGAAGCUUGACAUUGGCAGCCCUAGUAGCGCAUGGAUUGGAUACCAGGUGAUCCUCGGCAUAGGGAGUGGCAUGGUCCUCCAGACUCCAAUAGUCGUUUCGCAGGGCAUUGUGGAAAAGACCGACAUGUCUAAUGUCUCUGCUAUUAUGCUCUAUGUUCAGACAGCGACUGGAGCUGUCUUCAUUGCCAUCACGCAGUCGCUCUUCACCAACAGGAUCAUCGAAGAAGCGAAGAAAAGCCUUCCACAAAUUGACAGAGCCAAGCUGAUCCGCACCGGGGCGACAGAGCUACGAAAGGUCUUUUCCGGAGAAGAGCUACAUGCGAUCCUUGAGAUUUAUCUUGACGGCUUGAGAGCUGGAUAUUAUCUCGCCAUCACCUGUGGCUCUGUUGCGGUGCUGCUUGCUUUUGCAAUUCUUCUAUUCGAUAACAGGAAUCUGAAGAGAGAGAGAGAAAGCCAAGAGGUCGCAGAAGAUGAAAAGCCAACGGAGAAUUACUCAGCUUGAGGAAGACAUCGUGUCAUGUUAUCGGGCUCACAGCAGUAGACUAGCAAGUGACAUGGGUAGCACAGACGUAGCAGACUAAUUAAUAUGUGCUAGAAAAAUGAAAUACGCUUGCACCUGCAGGACCAUCUCCUGAUUGGAGUUGUGCGAGCCUUCCAUUUCUAAAUAGGGUGCCUACUGACAUGUUGAAGUCAUC